AUGAAGGUAACUCUAGAUACACUGAAGAGAUUACAAAUGAAAAGGGGACUGACAACAUAUGAUAUCAAAUGUGGCAGUGGCAGUGGCAGCGGCAGUGGAGGAGGUGGCGGCGGUGGAGGCGGAGGCGGUGGUGGUGGUGGAAGCUCUGCAGAAGGCGGUUCCGGGCGAGACCGGGAUCACUGCAACAAGACGGUGGACAUCUUCGAGGACAUCAGCUCACCGGAGGUCAGCAAUCAGAAUGUGGGACGUCCCCUGACCUGCUGGUACCGCUUCCGCACCUUGAAGGGAGCGCCGCGUGACUUUGUGCUCCGCCUGCGGUUCAAGAAGUUCAAAGUGGGUCAGCUGCUGAAUGCCACCCACUGCGAGGGUGGAUAUUUGCAGAUUGUUGAUGGCAACGCCAAGACGGAUGUCUCGAACCGCCGGGAGCCGGGAAUGUUCUGCGGAGAGGCGGAGCAGCCGCAGACAUUCAUCAGCGAGACUAGCUAUGUGAAGGUUCUCUUCCACACGGACAACUUUACGGAUCAGACCUACUUCACAUUCGAUUCACGCGCCGAGCAGCAAACCGAGGUCUAUCUGCGAUAUGGCCAACAUCCGGAAUUAUAUCCAAAUCGUCGCGGCGAAGUUGUCCAGGGAUCCUACUGCGAGCGUGAGUAUCGGGAUUGUCGCCUGCAGACCUGCUAUGUCCAGUCACCCGCAUAUCCUGGCCUAUAUCCUCGGGCCCUCAACUGUCGCUACAAGCUGCACACCCGUCAGCCUUACAUCAAAUUAUAUCUGCAGAAUGAACAAUUCGCAGUGGAUGGCCAGAGAUGCGAGAAUGUGAUGACCUGCCCCAUCCGGCCAAUUGGCUCCGGUAAUGAGCACUGUCCCUACGACUGGCUGGCGGUGUACGAUGGACGCGAUGAGCAUUCGCCACUUAUUGGGAAAUUCUGCGGCCUGGGCAAGUUCCCGUUCAGCAUUAUCGGAACAUCACAAUACAUGUAUGUGGAGUUUGUGACAUCGCCGGCGGGUCCUUUGCUAAAUACGGGCUUCCAUUUCAACGUUGGCAACUGGCCAGGACAUGUGGAGACGGCGGGGAUCAAGCAUGGCGUCUGCGACUGGCUCCUCAGCUCCGAUUCGCUAAAGGACAGCAGUGCCAGCGAGGGCAUCUUCCUUAGCAUCGCCCACUGGUAUCCACCGAAUACGUCCUGCAGUUAUCACAUCAAAGGACAUGUCGGCGAAAUUGUGCGCCUUUAUUUCCCCAGUUUCCGCAUCAAUCGCAUUGAAUCUCCCAUAUUAAAGUACGAAGGUGAUUGCGGGGAAUCCUUGACGAUCUAUGACUCGGAUCAUGCUGAUCCUGCGAGAAUUAUCAAGACCUUUUGUGACACUUUCUCGCGGCCAAUGGAAAAGGUGGACUUUGUGAGCACUAGUCCCUCGCUGUAUGUUCAAUUUGACUCCAAGACGGGCAGUUAUAGUGGCAGUUCACUGUAUUACUGGGCGCACUAUGAUUUCUUCAAUAAUACACGAUUCGGGGACCCUGUUCCCAAUACCCUUUGCGAUGAGGUGAUGUAUGCCUGGAAGCAUCCUGGUGGCCGCCUGCGGUCGCCACUGAAUUCCCUGAUCUUCAAGCGAACGGGCGGCAGUGAUGUGCGUUGUCAGUACAAGUUUGUGACGGAUCGAAGGCUAUAUGCUCGUGCCAUUAUCGAGGUGAAUGCGGUGUCCUUUAAGGAGCUGCCGUAUAAUAGCAAUGCCUGUACUCGCUGUCACGAGGAGCGUGUGGACAAGCUGGUGAUCUGGGAGGAGCGGGACAAGUAUCAGAACAAUCUGGCAUGCUUCUGUGACAAUAUACCGCGAGCGGUGAGGGUGAUCUCCUCGGCGGAUCAAAUGAAUCUCGAGAUGAUUGUGCAGGGGCAGCAUGCCAUAACGUCGUACUUUAAGAACCCGAAUCCGUUGUUCGAGGCCACAUAUGAGUUUGCUCAUGGUCCUCUAUGUGGACCCAUCACUCUGGGACCUUCACCAGAUGGAGAACUAGUCUUUCCGUACAAGAAGGCCUUGGCCAUGGUGUCGGGACCUAUGGCACCUCCCGAACAUCAUUAUCGGCGGGAGAAAUGCAUCUGGGAGCUGAAGGUUGCCGCCCAGCGCGAUUUGUGGCUGAAUCUGGAGAAGGCUCGCUUUGCGGAUCGCAGCUGCGAAAGUGCCAAAAUCGAAGUGUAUCUGGCGGGACGCCUGGAGCCCCGCUUCGUGGUCUGUCCGGAGAACAUAUCCCUGGCCAGGGACUUGCCCAUAUUGACCACAGCCGAGCUGGGAGCCACGGGCGCCGAUCAGGAGCCUUUGCCUGUGCUCAUCCAGUACACGGGUGACGGUCAGCCGGGACGCAAUAUCUUCCGGCUGGUGUGGACAGAGCUCUUCCACCUGCCUCGCAAUCCCGACGGUAGCCUGGCCGCCUCACUGCUCCAGGAUGGCGGCUGUGACUUCCGGUGUCCCGGCGACACCGAGGUCUGCAUUCCCCGGCAUUUGCUCUGCAACGGCAUAGCCAAUUGUCCGAAUGUGACGCACACCUCGACGCUGUCGCAGCUGACGAGGCACAUUGAGUGGAAUCUGGAGCAACUGGGUCUGCUGCAUCAUGCCGGUGAGUAUCGGCAGCUGGUGUUGCACGACGAGUCCCCAGAGAUCUGUUUGCGGCGUGAUCUCAGCGAGCUUCCUUACGGCAAGUUGGCUCUGAUUACUGCGGGGCUGUGUCUCAUGUUUGCACUGCUCUUUGCCAUCCUCCGAAGGAUGUGCAGGAGGUCGCCGAAGCAGCAGGGAAGGCAUCAUCUGCAAGAGGAUUACUAAGGAUCAAUUGGUGGACAUUUCAGAAUUGGAUAUUUUUUGCAAAUGUUCUGCCCAAGCAAAGAGAAUUUUGUAUGAAGAGGUGACUCAUGUUUUCCCUGGCAACCAUUAAACUAAUGUUUGGCCUAGGUUUUUGUCAGCAUAAUGAAUAAGAUGCUUAACGCCAUACGAUUAUUAUGUUAUUUUGAAAACUUUGUUAAAAGCUAGAUUGUCUUUGUGUUUAGUAAAUCAAUUAUUUGAGACAAAAAUAUUCCCCAAAUCAAUAAUUUCAGUAGAUUACCUUGGUUUUUAAAUGUUUUACAUUGAAAUUUCCUCACAAAAAAAUUA